UGAGAAGAAUAAUUUUAAUUUAAACUUUACUUACUCGCAACGGAAUUUCAAAUUAUCGAAAUCUUUUCAAAUUCAGACAAACACAGAUAUUUCAUAGUAUUUAUUUUGUUGUUUGUCUGGUUAGUUUGAACUUGAUAUGAUUUACAUUCAUCAAUUGCAUUGAUAUUGUUUUCUCACCCAUCAACACCAAUGGCUACAACCCUUCAUCCAUCAUCACCUAUUCUCUUACUCCCCACAACCCAAAAUGCCAAAAACUCAUCAUCACAUAAUCACUUACUUCAAAACUGCAAAACCCUCAAUGAACUGAAACAAUUACACUGUAACAUGAUGAAGAAAGGUCUUUCUCACAACCCCAAAAACAUUAACAAGCUCAUUGCUGCUUGUGUUCAAAUAGCUACACAUGAAAGUUUGAACUAUGCUCUAAAUGUUUUCAAGGAAGGUGAAAGAACCAUGUCUUGUUCCCUUUACAAUUGCAACUCUCUGAUUAGAGGGUUUGCUUCAUCUGGGUUAGGUCAAGAAGCAAUUUUUAUUUACCUUCAUAUGAUAUUAGUGAUGGGUAUUUUACCUGACAAGUUUACCUUUCCAUUUUUGCUUAGUGCUUGUUCUAAGAUUAUGGCUUUUUCUGAAGGUGUUCAAGUUCAUGGGGUGAUUUUUAAGAUGGGUUUGGAGAAAGAUUUAUUUGUUGCUAACUCUUUGAUACAUUUUUAUGCUGAAUGUGGAAAAGUUGAUUUGGGACGAAAGGUGUUUGAUAAAAUGCUUGAGAGAAAUGUUGUGUCGUGGACUAGUUUGAUUAAUGGUUAUAGUGGGGUGAAUAUGGCUAAGGAGGCUGUGUCUCUGUUCUUUGAGAUGGUUGAGGCGGGUGUUGAACCGAAUCCUGUGACUAUGGUUUGUGCUAUAUCUGCUUGUGCUAAGUUGAAGGAUCUUGAAUUGGGUAGAAAAGUGUACGCUUUUAUGAACAAGUUGGGGGUGGAACUUAAUACGCUUGUGGUGAAUGCACUGCUUGAUAUGUACAUGAAAUGCGGAGACAUGUAUGCUGCAAGGGGAAUUUUUGAUGAAUUGGAUGAUAAGAAUUUGGUUAUGUAUAAUACUAUCAUGUCGAAUUGUGUGCAACAUGGGCUGGCUGGUGAAGUGCUAGUGGUUUUGGAUGAAAUGAUGCGAAAAGGAUGGCGACCAGAUAAGGUAACCAUGUUAUCUACUAUUGCAGCUUGUGCACAGUUAGGUGAUCUUUCUGUUGGGAAGUCAUCUCAUGCUUAUGUCUUCAGGAAUGGUUUAGAGAGUUGGGACAACAUUUCCAAUGCCAUCAUUGACAUGUACAUGAAAUGCGGCAAAAGAGAAGCUGCUUGCAAAGUUUUUGACAGUAUGUCAAACAAGACGGUGGUGACAUGGAAUUCGUUAAUUGCUGGUUUGGUUAGAGACGGUGACAUGGAAUUAGCUUUGAGAAUCUUUGGUGAGAUGCCAGAGAGUGAUCUUGUAUCCUGGAAUACUAUGAUUGGUCCCAUGGUUCAAGCAAGCAUGUUUGAGGAAGCAAUUGAUUUAUUUAGGGAGAUGCAAAACCAAGGGAUUAAAGGAGAUAGUGUGACAAUGGUGGGCGUUGCAUCUGCCUGUGGAUAUUUAGGAGCUCAUGAUCUUGCUAAGUGGAUCUAUACUUACAUUGAGAAAAAUGACGUUCUCAUUGACAUGCAACUUGGCACAGCUUUGGUUGACAUGUUUUCUAGAUGUGGCGAUCCUCGAAAUGCUAUGCGUGUUUUUGAAAAUAUGGAAAAACGUGAUGUGUCUGCUUGGACUGCUGCCAUCAGAGUUAUGGCAGUGGAAGGAAAUGCAAAAGGAGCUAUUGACCUUUUUAAUGAGAUGCUCAAACAAGAGGUGAUGCCAGAUGAUUAUGUUUUUGUGGCACUAUUGACAGCAUGUAGUCAUGGUGGAUAUGUGGACCAAGGGAGGCAACUUUUUUGGUCGAUGGAAAAAACCCAUGGAGUAAGUCCUCAGAUUAUUCAUUACGGAUGUAUGGUUGAUUUGCUUGGUCGAGCUGGGUUGUUGGAAGAAGCUCUUGAUUUCAUAAAAAGCAUGCCAAUGGAACCUAAUGAUGUUAUAUGGGGAUCUUUUAUAGCAGCUUGUCGGAAACACAAAAACGUUGAAUUGGCACGUUGUGCAGAUGAAAAGAUAACUCAAUUAGACCCAGAAAGAGUUGGGGUUCAUGUGCUCCUAUCCAAUAUCUAUGCAGCAGCUGGAAAAUGGACUGAUGUAGCUAGAGUGAGGUUGCAAAUGAAGGAGAAAGGGUUUCAGAAAGUAGCUGGAUCAAGCUCGAUAGAAGUUCACGGAUUAAUUCGCGAGUUCACCUCUGGUGACGAAUCACAUACAGAGAACACCCAAAUUGGAUUAAUGCUACAGGAAAUAAACUGCAGGCUAAGUCAGGUGGGGUAUGUUCCUGAUACAACCAAUGUCUUACUUGAUAUUGAUGAGAAGGAGAAAAAGCAUUUGCUCUGCAGACAUAGUGAAAAACUAGCCCUGGCAUAUGGAUUAAUCAAUACCAGUAAAGGAAUACCUAUACGGGUAAUAAAAAAUCUGAGAAUGUGUUCUGAUUGUCACUCGUUUGCAAAAUUAGUGUCAAAACUAUACAGUAGGGAAAUAGCUGUUCGAGAUAAUAACAGGUAUCAUUUUUUCAAGGAAGGAUUCUGUUCUUGUAGAGAUUAUUGGUAGUAGAAUUACAAAGAUGAACUUUUGACCUGUGGUUUACAAAUAAAUUUCACUAAUGGCAAUUUUAUUGAAGUUAAAAAUGUA